CCCGACUGCUCCGCUCCAGUGUUUGUUCUUUCUCCCUUCCUGCCCAGAGCUAGGGUGAGGGCUUCGUUCCUGACGGAUUGCGGUGCUGCAUGUAGUCCUCUUUGAGUAUGGGUUGUCCAGUUUGUCGUUGCCCUGGUGCCGCAUGCCUUCCACUUGUGCCAACUGAUGAAGUGUUGGAAGUGUUUGAGGUUGUUCUUGACCAGUAUUGUUUUAGGAGGACGUAUAUCCCAUGCAAUGUGAGGCUUUUCUUAGCCGAUUAUAUUGCAGAGCACCGGCAUAUUGCAACUACUUUCAAGCACAAGAGAACAGAGCCUGCUAUACUCACUUAUGAGAAUAGGUCCUAUGCUUCAGACUUUAAGCAUCGAGGCAACUACUCAAAGUUUUGUGGCAGUGCUUGGUUUGAGUUCAGCAAUGAUUAUGCCCUUCGUGCUGGAGAUCGGUUGGUCUUUACCCUGGACAACUCAUGCUUUGACCUAAAAGUAGAGACUUUCUGUGAUGGCGAAAGGAUUCUUCCUUUACCUUCUGUUGCUUUUGAAAACCUCAGUAAUGCAAGGUAUGAACUAGUUUGCUCUGCUGUAAUGCCCCGUGGACUGGAGUUCAACUACCACAACAAUCGCUUGCUUGUACGUUCACUAUUCCGGUCAUCAAGCUUUCUACGCUGCAGUCCAUUCGUCCAUGUAAUGACUGCCACAAAUACUAUGAAGUUCACCAUGAAAAUCCCAAAGUUUGUUGUGUCUAGCUUGAGGAGGUUUGUUGACAUACCAACUAGUGCUUGAAUCCAUCUGGAAGCUCACCUGGGACAUACACAUGUUAUCAUGCCAUCAUCUUUCCAGCUGUGCAAGCAAGAUGGGAGGAUGGUGAUUGAGAAGACCAGUUUCAGCGAGUUCAUCUCAGCCACUCAAUAUGAGAAAGACAAUGUUGUGCUAAUCACAUUUGACGAGUCAACUUAUGAUCGUUCAGUCUCAAUUGUGUUCCAGCGCCUUCUGUAGGUGGAAGCAAUGGCCAUGCAGUUUAGUCUGAGAAAGUAGUUGCUGUAGAGGGUUCUUUUACAUUCGCAGGAUGGAACUUAUCAUGGCUCAUGUGUUUGGAAUUAUUUUUCCUUUUGGGUUGAAUGUUGUUAAGACAUUAAGCUCCGCGUAGUUAAGUUGAAGACUGAAAAGGGACGAUUGUUAGUAUGUAGUUAAGUCGAGGACUGAAGGAAAGACUGGUUAUCAUUUAUGCUGUUUCUACUUUGUCUUUUAA